UAUUAUUGUAAUAUUCUUCUCAGGCAACAUUAUCACACAAACAAUUACUACAUCAGAGUUCAUUUAACAUGACUUCUUAAAUGAAGUUGUAUUUUAUAAAUGUUUCAAAAUGUAAAAAAGAAAUACAUUUGAUUUGAUUAAAAUAGAUGUAUUAAAAGUAAGUAUUUAAGUUAAUAAAUUUGAUUAAAAUGAAUAGAUAUUAAUUAAAAUAAAAUUUUAUGUAAAUAAAUAACUAAAUAAACAAAUACAUUUGAUUAAAAUAUUUUAUAAAUUGUUAGUGAUUACCAGCAAUGUGUGUUAUCAGUUUAUUUCUACACACAAGAAACAAGCUGUCAAAUUGAUCUUAAACUUUGCCCCGCCCACUGUAAGCCACACCCACUGCCCCAUCAUGGCACUCCCAUUUAGUGGCCCCCUGUUCUGUUUUCUGCCCACUCAGCAGCCCCUGUACUGCCCUCUGUAAGCCACACCCACUGCCCUUAUGCUCCGCCCACUUAGCAGCCCCAUACUGCCCUCUGUAAGUUACACCCACUGCACUUAUACUCCGCCCACUCAGCUGUACCACCCACUGCACUUAUACUCCGCCCACUCAGCUGUACCACCCACUGCACUUAUACUCCGCCCACUCAGCUGUACCACCCACUGCACUUAUACUCCGCCCACUCAGCUGUACCACCUGCUGUAAGCCACACCCACUGCCCUUAUGCUCCGCCCACUUAGCAGCCCCAUACUGCCCUCUGUAAGUUACACCCACUGCACUUAUACUCCGCCCACUCAGCUGUACCACCCACUGCACUUAUACUCCGCCCACUCAGCUGUACCACCUGCUGUAAGCCACACCCACUGCCCUUAUGCUCCGCCUACUCAGCAUCCCCAUACUGCCCUCUGUAAGUUACACCCACUGCACUUAUGCUCCGCCCACUCAGCUGUACCACCCACUGCACUUAUACUCCGCCCACUCAGCUGUACCACCUGCUGUAAGCCACACCCACUGCCCUUAUGCUCCGCCCACUUAGCAGCCCCAUACUGCCCUCUGUAAGUUACACCCACUGCACUUAUACUCCGCCCACUCAGCUGUACCACCCACUGCACUUAUACUCCGCCCACUCAGCUGUACCACCUGCUGUAAGCCACACCCACUGCCCUUAUGCUCCGCCUACUCAGCAUCCCCAUACUGCCCUCUGUAAGUUACACCCACUGCACUUAUGCUCCGCCCACUCAGCUGUACCACCCACUGCACUUAUACUCCGCCCACUCAGCUGUACCACCUGCUGUAAGCCACACCCACUGCCCUUAUGCUCCGCCCACUUAGCAGCCCCAUACUGCCCUCUGUAAAUUACACCCACUGCACUUAUACUCCGCCCACUCAGCUGUACCACCUGCUGUAAGCCACACCCACUGCCUUUAUGCUCCGCCCACUCAGCAGCCCCCUCUACCACCUUCUGCAAGCCACACCCACUGCUCCCUCAUGCCCCGCCCACUCAGCAGCCUCUACCACCCUCUAUAAGCCACACCCACUGCUCCCUCAUGCCCCGCCCACUUAGCAGCCCCCUCUGCAAGCCACACCCACUGCCCCUUCAUGUUCCACUCACUCAUCAGCCCCUGUACCAUUCUCUAUAAACCACACCCAUUGCCCUCUAAUGCCCCGCCCCCUCAGCAGCCCCAGUAUAAACAGACUAAGCUGACAGCAGAAAGACUCACUGAGGAUUUACACACUCCUCUGCUCUGAGAUGCUUGUGUGAUGAUGAUGAUGAUGAUGAUGGGCUGUUCGUUGUGUGUCUGAUGUCAUGAGUGUGUGAUUGUUGGACUGAUUGACUGAUUGAUGGAUGUUGCGGAUGCAGGAUGCGCAGGAGCAGCGCUUACAUCCCCGUGUCCACUGCUGCCGCUCUGCUGGUCACUUCAUCCACACUGUUCUUCGUCUUCACGUGUCCUUGGCUCGCUGAGCACGUGUCUCUCGUUUUCCCACCAUGUGUCGGAAUCGUGUUCCUCUUUGUUAUGGCAAACUUCACCAUGGCAACGUUCAUGGAUGCCGGCGUGUUCCCGAGGGCCAAUGAGGACGAGGACAAGGACGACGACUUCCGCGCGCCGCUUUACAAGAACGUGGAGGUGCGAGGUGUGCAGGUGCGCAUGAAGUGGUGCGCUUCCUGUCACUUCUACCGGCCGCCCAGAUGUUCACACUGCAGCGUGUGUGAUCACUGCGUGGAGGACUUUGACCAUCACUGUCCCUGGGUGAACAACUGCAUCGGGAGACGCAACUAUCGCUUCUUCUUCCUCUUCCUCCUGUCUCUGAGUCUUCACAUGGUUGGUGUUUUUUCCGGCGGUCUCCUGUACAUCCUGGAUCACCUGGAGAACUUGUGGGAAUUGCACGCCACUGUCACGCUGGUGGUCAUGAGCGUCUCCGGUCUGUUCUUCAUUCCAGUCUUGGGUCUGGCCUGCUUUCAUCUGGUGCUGGUGGCACGAGGACGCACGACAAACGAACAGGUUACUGGAAAGUUCCAAGGAGGAGUGAAUCCGUUCACACGCGGCUGCUGUCACAACGUGCAGUUUGUCCUCUUCAGUCCCAUCAUGCCGAGGUACACUGGGAAACUCAGUGACAGAUUGCCGAUUCGCAUUCAGCCUCCGUUCCAUCAUCCGGAGUCACACAAACUGACCCCUGUGAAGAGCGCCGACAACUGCGUCUCCAGCCAAACACUCCCAGUGAAGUCUCUGGAGGAAGUAGAUGAUCCAGACAGUGAAGGUUUGACCAGUCCACCUCCGCUGCCCCCUAAGCCAGAUCCAGUCCUGCUCAAGAACCAUUUGGCAGCUUUGGAAGAGAGUUUGCUCCAGUCCAGAGCUGUAAUGCCUUCAGGACACAAAAUGAAUCCACUUCUGACUUCAGAGUCGCCCACCAAAGUGCUCUACCAAGUUCCCAGAGAUCAGAUCGGGCCAAGGAUUUCCCCGCUGGUUCCUCAGGAGCAUGCGUCCGAUCCCAGUCUGCUGCAGUCGGAGAAUCACGCGGCUCUGCAGUCCAGUGCGCCGCCUGUAAACUCUCUGACCCUGAAUUCACGCUCACUGAGUCUGAAACACUCCAACCGCCGCGGAGCCGAGACUCUGGGUCCGCAUCCGAUCCAAAGCGUCCUCAGCAGCCGAACGGGGAGUCUGUCCUACGACAGUCUGCUGCGUCCGGCCGAGGGCGUCCAACGCGUGGGAUACCAGACGCCGUUUCUUCCCAUGGAUAUGAGUCUGUCCCGAGGUCCUGGCGCACACAACUGCAGCCCGGUGUUCAUGAACAUCAGCCGGCAUUCGCCUCAACACCGCGAGCCGUCGCCCGUCCGCUACGACAGCCUCCCCAAACCGAUCAUGAGCUCCAUCCAGGAGCGUCGCGAACCCGACGAGAAGGACAAACCUCCUCUCGCUCUCGGGCCAGACGGCGGCAUCUACGACACUCCCAACAGACAUAGCCUUCCGCACGAUUUCCGCGGCCCGUCGUCUCGCGGACCAACACCUCCGGCGUAUGGCUCACGGGAGUUCCUCCUGAGCAGCGCGGCGUACGGAUACGGGAGCAGGUCGCAUCUUUCUUCCUCCUCCUCCUCGUCGCUCACCCGCGCGCCUCGGACCGCCAGCUCGCCGCUGCACUUUAACCGCUCGCUCUCGCCCUCCAUCUAUCACUCUCUGGAACGACAGUCCCAACUGCCUCCGUCCACGUUCCCUUCUGCUCUUCCCACCUCCUCCUACGGCCCUCAGAAAGCCCUGGCGUUCAUCAGAGGAGAGGAAAGGCCCCAACCUGAACUAUGAGUCAUGGAAAUCCUGGAAAUAUCAGGGAAUUUUAAUAGCGAUUAUGCAGACAUGGAAAAUUUAAAUUCCUUGCUCAAAAAGUGUUAGGAACCCUGUCGAGAUGCUGACAUGCCAUGAAUUAUUCUUCCAUUUACAAAUUUGCUGCUCAAGAAACAUUUCUAAUUAUUAUCAAUGUUGAAAACAGUUCAUAUUUUUGUGGAAACUGAUACAUUUUAUUUUUCCGGAUUCUUUGAUGAAUAGAAAGUUCAAAAGAACAGUGUUUAUUUGUUUAUUAUAAUCUUUUUUAAUAUUAUAAUUAUCUUUACUGUCAAUUUUCAUCAAUUUAUUGUGUUCUUGAGGUUUUUUUAACCUUACGCUAAACUUUAUCACAGUUUCCACACAAAUAUGAACUGCUUUCAACAUUGAUAAUAAUCAGAAAUGUUUCUUGAGCAGCAAAUCAUCAUAUCAGAAUGAUUUCUG